GUAGGAAGUGCUACAAUGCGAGCCCUUGCAGCAUAAAGGCUUGUUCUGCCUUGUUGCAUGUUUGCUGUAAUAAUAUUUCCCCUUUAAGGCUUGGCUGAAGUUAUUUUUAUUUUUUUCCCCUCUUUUGGCGGGGUGGUGACAGGAACUGAGAGAAGCAGCAGCAGAUCUUACCUGAUCUCAGCAUCUGCGAAAGGUGGUGGUGGCGGCGGAGGCAAGAGAGAAUGAGGCAAGUUGCUGCAGAGAAAGUGUAAGAGAAAUGGGAAGGACUUGAAACUUAGGGAGGAAAAGGAGGUGGAGAAACACACUGAAGAUUGUGAGUGAAGGAUAUCGGAAGAAAGGGAAAUAAGAGGAAAUCAGUGAGGGGUGAGGAGGAGGAGGAAGUAGAAAUGGGAAGAGAAGAGUGAAGUCAGAGAGAGAGAGAGAGAGAGAGAGAGAGAGAGAGAGAGAGAGAGAAUAAAAUAAGACCAGAGAAUGACAAGGAAGUGACAGGAAUAAGCCUGCUGACAGGAGGAGGAGGAGGAGGAGGAGAGAAUCAUCGAUGGCAACAAGUGCCAGUGGCCUGUGCUGAAGAGGAGGAGGGAAAGAACACCCAACUGGUUUUUGGUCGUCGUGGUGGGACUGCGUUAUCUUUCCCUCAAGAUGAUGAAGAGACAGUUCAAUCGGAUGCGGCAGCAGCUCAGUCACCCCAGCAUUGGCGGACGAGCCCAAGAAACAGCAGAAUACUUGACAGAAGACUUGCUACAGAUUGAACAGAGGAUUGAACCAGCCAAGCGUGCUGCUCACAAUGUCCAGAAGAGGCUCCUGGCUUGUCUCCAAGGCCAAUAUGGGGCAGACAUGGACAAACGGGUGAAAAAAUUGCCUUUGAUGGCGCUAUCGGUGACCAUGGCAGAAAGCUUCAAGGAACUAGACACUGAUUCCAGCCUUGGGAAAGCUCUAGAAAUGAGCUGCUUCAUUCAGACUAUGCUAGCCAGGAUCCUUGCUGAGUUUGAAAUGGCCCUCGAGCGAGACGUCCUACAACCCCUCAAUAAACUGAGCGAGGAAGAGCUGCCCACCAUCCUGAAGCACAAAAAGAACCUUCAGAAACAUAUUUCAGACUGGAAUGCCAUCAAGAGCCGUCUGAACCAAGUUGCCAAGAACUCCAGCAAUAAUACCAGUGGUGCCACUGGCCCAGCCCCAUCAUCUGCUGCCAUCAAACUAGAAAAUCUGAAAGAAGAGGAAGAAGAGAUGAAGAGGAGGGUUGAACAGAGUAAGGAUGAAUACAUGGCAGACCUAUAUCACUUUUCAACCAAGGAAGACAGCUAUGCUAAGUACUUUAUCAAAUUGAUGGAAAUUCAAGCAGAGUAUCACCGUAAGUCCCUGGAAUCUCUGGAUACUACUUUGGCAGAGGUGAAAGAGACUCACAACCAGCCAGACUCCCCAUUCCCAAGAGAUGCAGCUGUGAUAGGGGUGUAUGGGAUGCCGCUGGAGACUCACCUGGAGGCUUCUGGGCGGGAGAUUGCCGUCCCCAUUGAAGCUUGUGUCAUGAUGCUGCUGGCAUCGGGGAUGAAGGAAGAGGGGCUCUUCCGAUUGGCAGCUGGAGCAUCUGUGCUGAAGAAGUUAAAGUACAGCCUUGCCUGUGGCUCAGGUGUCCUGGAUGAAUUCUAUGCAGAUCCUCAUGCUGUGGCAGGUGCACUGAAAUGUUACCUGCGAGAGCUGCCCCAGCCCUUGAUGACCUUUGAACUCUAUGAUGAUUGGCUUAAAGCUGCAAGUAUCAAAGAGCCAGAGAAUCGACUGGAGCAUCUUCGGGACACUUGCAGCCGUCUCCCCAAGGACAACUACAACAACAUGAGGUAUCUGAUUCGUUUUUUAGCCAAGCUGGCUGAACAGCAGGAAGUCAAUAAGAUGACCCCCAGCAACAUUGCCAUUGUCCUAGGGCCCAACCUGUUGUGGCCCCAACAGGCUGAAGGGUGCCAGGUGCAACUAGAUAUGGCUUCUGUAUCCUCCAUCCAAGUUGUGGGAGUUGUGGAGCCCCUGAUACAAAAUGCUGACAUCCUCUUCCCAGGAGAUAUUGACUUUGAUGUAUCUGGCCUGUUCACUCCCCCAUCAGACAUUAAGGAUAGAGAUGUCUCUGCAGCAGAAGAACCCGCAUCUUCACUUCUCUCUGCUGAACCAGCUUCACCGCGGCCCGGAGAAAGGAAAAAUUCUGAGGCGACCCCUGGAACAGUCCUCUCAAAGGUGACCCAACCUUCUACUGAAGCUGCAGUCUCUUUGCCUACUCCUGUUCCUGCUGAGGAUGCUUCAAGGAAGUCAAAGCGAGUUGCUCCACCCCGACCUGCGGUGCCUCCACCCAUAGCCCAACCUCGAACCCCACCUCCUGCGCAGCUUCAGACCCAGCCUCCUGCCCCAGACUCUCCUUCUAUCCCUAAAGUAAUGCCUCGAAGAACCGUCGGAGGAAGCGUGCGAGCUCCCUCUGUCCCUCCACCACUUCCACCCCAGCCAGUCAGGCGUCAGAGUCGCAAUGCAUCCCCAUCCCCGAAGCCUCCUUCAGAAAGCAGGACCAACGAGGCAGAUGAAGCACCUCUUUCUCUUCCUGGCGACAGCAGCAUAGAAACAUCCAAGGAAUCCCUCCCUGUGACAACAGAGCCCAGUGAACCCCCACCUGUAGAAAGAAGCAGCUCUCCAUCUGCGCCGGAUCUGGAGGUUGAUGCUCUGGAGAAUAAUGAAGAAGGAGCUGCAGCGUAUCCGCCUCGUCCCUCGAACCUGCCAGUCGCGGGUCUCCCUGCAACGCGGUUGGCCGCUGAGCCUGGGCCCGCUUCUGUUUCGCUCGACGCGCCUAGUCGCCGAGCCCCUCGAUUGGUGCUCCCCCGCCGCCGCCUCCCCUCCGUCCGUCAUCGCCGCGCCGCGCUCCUGAUUGGCCUGGGCGGGAGCGGAGGAGGAGGAGGAAGAGGCGGUGCGGGGGUGGCGGCGGCGGCGGCGGCGGCGAGAGCGGCCGGUCCCAGCAUGGCGGGCUGCAGGCGGCUGAGCGGCUCCUGCCUGCGCGAGGUGCUGGGCGACGCUCAGGGCGUCCUCUUCGACUGCGACGGGGUCCUGUGGACCGGCGAGCGGGCGGUGCCCGGCGCCCCCGAGCUGCUGGAGCGCCUCAGCCGCAACGGCAAGGCCACCCUCUUCGUCUCCAACAACAGCCGCCGCUCGGUGUCCGAGCUGGAGCGCCGCUUCUCCCGCCUGGGCUUCCGCGGCGUCCGCGCCGAGCAGGUCUUCAGCUCCGCGCUCUGCUCCGCGCUCUAUCUCAGGCAGCACCUGCUGGGCACCGAGGGCGGCUCCGGAGACUCGCCCCCGGCGGGCUGCGUCUUCGUGCUGGGCGGGGAAGGGCUGCGCGGGGAGCUGCGGGACGCCGGGCUGCGCCUGGCCGGCGAAGAAGGAGGAGGAGGAGGCGACGACGACGAGGAGGACCCGGUGGUCCAGGAGAGGCUCCCGGUGCGCGCCGUCGUCGUCGGCUACGACGACCAGUUCACGUUCGCCAAGCUGACCGAGGCCUGCGCCUACCUGCGAGACCCGCAGUGCCUGCUCGUGGCCACCGACCCGGAUCCUUGGCAUCCACUGAGCAGCGGGCAGCGGACCCCAGGAACAGGGAGUCUCACUGCUGCAGUUGAAACAGCAUCUGGGCGCAAGGCAAUGGUAAUUGGGAAGCCCAACACGUAUAUGUUUGAGUGCAUUGUGGAGCGCUUUGGUGUGGAUCCGUCCCGCAUGCUCAUGGUGGGUGACCGGCUGGAGACAGACAUCCUGUUUGGCAAGAACUGUGGCCUUGAAACGGUCUUGACCCUGACGGGAGUCUCAAACCUAGAGGAGGCACAGGCAUACAUGGCCAGCGACAGCCCUGCUGCAAAGGACCUGGUGCCUGAUUAUUAUGUGGACAGUAUUGCAGACUUAAUACCCGGCCUGGAUGAGUAAGGGGAGAUGUGGGUGGGCAGAGUUCCUAGUCCCAUUCCUGAUUGCCGCCCUUUCCUACUUCUGCUCCCUCUCUCCUUGAUUCUGGGCUCAUCACAUUCCAGUGUUUCUUCAAGAAUGAAGAGAGGGGUGUUAGUUCA